UUAAUAUGUAUAGAGUUACAAACUUCUUGCACACGAGCUGCUAACUCGUAAUAAGUAACUCGCUGCUUGUUGCGUGUUAUUUGCUACUUGUUGCUAUAGGAAAAAUGAUACAAAACAAAAUAAAGUAAAGUUUUCAUUAACUACGUGACAUGAGCGUUGGCCGAAAUGGAUUAAUUGACGAUCGGCCUGAUGCUGUUUUAAAAUUACUAACUCUUGGUGAUUCUGGCGUCGGCAAAACUUCUUUUGUUUUACAAUUUAUUGAAGGAACAUUUACAGAAAAGUUUGUACCAACUAUUGGUAUGGACCUUAGAGAAAAACUUAUGACUUAUCAAGAUCAUUUUAAAGAAGAACGAAAAGUUUAUCUAGAAAUAUGGGACACAGCUGGUCAAGAAAGAUUUCGAAGCUUAACAACUGCAUUUUUUCGAGAUGCAAUGGGUUUUUUGCUUAUUUUUGAUAUUUCACGAAAAGAUACAUUUGUUAAUGUAAGAAGUUGGUUGUCACAGCUACAGCUUCACUCUAAUUGUGAUGAUCCUGCAAUGGUUUUAAUUGGAAACAAAAAUGAUUUGGAUAUAAGAGAGGUAGAUGAAAACUCUGCAAUCCAGUUAGCAAGAAAUCUUGGAAUAAAGUAUUUUGAAACAAGUGCAAAAACAGGUCAAAAUGUAUAUGAAGCUGUUGAGACAUUAAUGAAUAUUAUAAUGAGUCGCUUUAAACAAUAUCCCGAAAGAAUGGAUAACAUGAAAUUUAGAAGUAAAAAGUUGGAAAAUAAAAAACAAGAAAACUCUACUUGUUACUGCUAAAAUUAACAGAUUCGAAUCAAAAGUGGGUUUGCUCUGCAUAAACAUGGAUUUGAAUAUUUCACAAUAGUCUUCCGAAAUCUAAUCUCGUUUAAUCUAGUUUAAUCUCGUUUAAUCUAGACACUACUUUUGCUAAGCAAACAAUUUAACAAAUUAAGCGAGGAGUGAAAAUAGAAUUAGUUUUAAAGAAAACACUUCCAAAAUA